GCCCUUUCUCGGCAGCUCCGCGCCCGUGGCAUUGACACAGACGUGUGGCCAGGAGCCUGUCUGGAGUCCCCAUCGGCAGCUCCUCCAGCCCGGGCUGCUUCCACCCCCGUCGCGCCCAGGGGCGGCCAGCCCUUGCUGGGGCUUUGCCAGUGCCACCUGUCCGUGUUACCGCGGGCUGCUGCCCAGCGUUUCUGACGUGAGCUUGCAGCCUUUCCCAAAAUGUCUGUGCUUGAGGGGCAUCUCCCCCCGGUACCAGCCAGGGAGCCCUAGGGCGCAGACAGCAUGCAGGGGCGACCAAGGGGAGGGAAAGGUUUGUGAGCCACUGAACGUGAGACAGCAAAAUUACAGGGCUAGUAGCAGGUGCACAGGGCAUAUAGGUGGGUCCCUGCGUCCCAGUGCUGCAGGCUCCUAUGUAGCAUGGCACCUAUGCAGUCUGCACAGGGUCCUCUUCUCCCAUUGCUGUAGACUCCUGCGUAGACACGGCACCAGCAAAAUGUGUUCCACUCUCCCAGAGCCAUGGGCUCCCGGACACAUGGUGCCAGCACCGCUGGCCUGUGAGUCUCACCUUCUGGUGCCACAGGCUGGCUCCUAAGAACAUGUGGUGCCUGCGCACCUGAUAUCGGCACUAUUGCUUCCUGAUGCUGCGUGUUCUGUGUUUUCAUGACGCGUCCAUGCACCCUACCCUGGAUUCCCAUCUCCCAGUGCUGCAGGCUUUCAUGCACAGCCUGCAUAUUUGUCUGAGUCUCCCGUCACGGUAGGGUCCUGAGUACACGCAGUACAUGUCUAAUCCGCUUGUGGCUCAGGCAUAUGCACAGUGUGCAUGUGAGGCGCACACAAUAUAUUGUCAGGGUCCAUCUCUGUUCCUUUCUUCCUGAGCUGUGUGUGUCCCUGCCAUAGCUACCCAGAAACCCAAUUGUAGGGACCUUCCUUGUAAUUGUCUCUUGUAUUAAUACCUCAUCAUCUAUCUCUGUGUGAUUUCUCUGUCGAGAUCAGACUAGUGCUCCAUCUAGUCUAGUGUCCCGCCUCUGACAGUAGCAAGUAUUGGAGGCUUCAGGGGAAGGUGUAAACAUCCAAAGUAGAGAGUUGUGGAUAUUCUCCCACAGGCUACCCUGUGUAAAGUAACCAUCGUCCAUGUAAAUGUCAAAUCCCUUUCUGAAUUCUGUUGUGCUCUUGGUUUCUCUGAUAUCAGUGGCGAUGAGUUCCAUAGGUUAAUUAGGUGCAUAAAAAGUUUUUCCCAUUCCUUAGGGUUACAUUUAACACAUUCAGUUUAAUCCUGUGUCCCCUUGCUCUUGUGUUAUGAGAGAGGGGGAAUAGGAGUGCAGAAUCUAUCUUUUCAGUUCUGGUCAGGUUCGUAUACCGGGCUUACCACCAUGGCAUCUCAACACCUCUUUUUUAUUUUUAUGCUUCUGUUAUAUCCCCUGUUGUUCAUCUCCUCUCUGAACUAAACAGUCCCAGUCAAUCUCUCUGCAUAGGAAAGUCUUUCCAGGCCUCUAAUCAUUUUCCUCACUUGUCUUUAAACUCCUCCUUUCUCCUUUUUCUAACUACUUCCUAGACUCUCAUACUGUUUUUAUCUCCAUCCCUCUGACUGCCUCCUGGUUUUAUCUCAACCCACUUAGUUGGGGCUGCUGCUCUUCAUGGGAUUAUAGAUGUUAAGAGAUGGAAAAUGCCUCUUAGCCCACAUCAAAACUCCUUUUCCAGGGAGCCUGGAAGCCUGGAACAGAAUUGUUCCCCACAGGGUUCUUUCCAGUCUUGUUUUCAGUGUACCAAGCCAUGGAGCUCCUACCACUUCCCUGAGGACACACCUCCAGAGCCUGGCAAAUAUUCUUACAUAGCUAGGUGGCCCAACAAAGUGUAAUUCAAGAGGAUCAGUCUGAAAUUAAGAAAGGGAAAUUCAGGCUUCAUAUGAGGAAAGUUUUGUGGCAGAGAGAUCUACAAGUGAAUGUGAACAUCCCAGUCUGCUAUGGUUAUGCCACUCUCCAGGUUUGCUGGAUGCUUGCAUGUGAAAGAGAAAGGUUGAGAUUUGCCCAGACUUGGCAUGACGGUCCUUAGGUCCUGAACCAACAUGGCAGCUGGAGAGUCCCCUCCCGUAGGAGGUGGUUUCAUCAACCUGCAGCAGGACAGCGAUCAUGCUGAGGAGGCCUUUCCCCCCGCCGAGGACGAUGAGGAUUUGGAUAAGACCUUGUCAAUCAAGAGGUUUGGGGACCUGAUAAGCAAGUCAGCAUCAAGGGAUCUGGAAGAGCAGAGACGCAACUACAGUGAGAGAGAUUUCGAAUUCCAUCGCCAAACCUCUCACCACAUCCACCAUCCCCUUUCCACCCACCUGCCUCCUGCCCUCAAGUUCCAGAAGAGGCUCUCCCAUGCCAACCGGAGGAAGAGGAGAAAGAGAAAAAAGAAAAAAACCUCGGUGCCCCCCUCGGACAUCACUCCCACCAUCCAGGAAGUGGAGGAGGAGGAGGGGGACAAGGAGGAGGAAGAGGGGGACGAGGAGGAGGAAGGAGAGUCAGAGGCAGAGGCCCUGGAGAAAGAGGUCUCACCAGAGUCAGAGACAGAGGCUCAUGAGAAGAAGGACGCUCCUAAGCCUGAGCCCCCUAGCAAACCAAAGUUCACCAUUGAGAGUGAUGAUGAAUCCUGCGGUGCCUUGGCUUCUGCACGGUUCCAUGUGGAGAAGGAGUGUGGCAUCAUGUCACCGAUGCCACACCAUGCUGAUCUGCUGCAGGAGACGGGCCCGGCCUCUCUUGGCAGCCUCCCGGGGCCCAGAGAAUGUCUGUCUCGGGGAUGGGACAGGCGCAAGCCCUGGAGCCAGAUGGUGAGCGGGCAGAGGGUGAGUUAUGACCUGAAGGAGCGGAUGUGCAUCGGCAGCAUGACCACUCUGGAGAGUGCAGUGUACCAGCGCGUCCCCACCGAUGAGGCCGAGGCCCAGAUGCUGGCGUCUGCUGACCUGGACGACAUGAAAAGCCACCGCUUUGAAGAUAACCCUGGUGUGAGGCGGCAUCUGGUGAAGAAACCAUCUAGGAGCCAGAGCACCAGAACCAGCAGGAAGAUGGUGUCAACCCCAUCUAUCAAGAAGAAGAAGAAGAAAAAGAAGCUGGACAGGCGUCCCCAUGAGGUGUUUGUGGAGCUGAACGAGCUGGUUGUAGAUAAGAACCAGGAGAUGCACUGGAAGGAGACAGCGCGCUGGAUCAAGUUUGAGGAGGACGUGGAGGAGGACACAGCACGGUGGGGGAAGCCUCACGUAGCCUCACUAUCCUUCCGCAGCCUGCUGGAGCUCAGGAAGACCAUUGCUCACGGUGCUGUGUUGCUGGACCUGGAGCAAACCACCCUUCCUGGCAUCGCUCACCUCGUGGUGGAGACCAUGAUUAUCUCCGACCAGAUCAAAGGGGAGGACAGAGCCAACGUGCUGCGUGCCCUUCUGCUCAAGCACAGCCACCCCAAUGAUGAGAAGGAGGGGUUCUUCCCCCGAAACCACUCCAGCUCCAGUAUGAAUUCGAUAGUGGGGAACCACCAUCACAACCACAACCACACGGCCGACACGUGCGUGCCCCUGAUGGGUGAGGAGCGCAUCGAGAUGCUGGACCCCAGAGCCCAGGACUCGGAGUGCAAAGAGAAAAAUCUGCAUCUCCACAGUUCCGAGGGGCAUCGCGGCAAAUAUCUGAAACUGAUGGAGAAGAUUCCUGAAGAUGCUGAGGCAUCCGUGGUCCUCGUGGGCUGUGUGCAGUUCCUUGAACAGCCCACUAUGGCUUUUGUCCGGCUGAAUGAGGCUGUCUUCCUGGAAUCUGUCCUGGAGGUCCCAAUUCCGGUCAGAUUCAUCUUUGUCCUGCUGGGACCCAGUCAGGCCAACGUCGAUUACCACGAAAUUGGACGGUCCAUUUCUACCCUCAUGUCUGACAAGCUCUUCCACGAGGCUGCGUAUAUGGCUGACGACCGCCAGGACCUCCUCAAUGCCAUCAACGAAUUCCUGGACUGCAGCAUUGUCAUCCCCCCAUCAGAAGUGGAGGGGAAAGACUUGCUCAGGUCGAUCGCUACCUUCCAGAAAGAGUUACUGAGGAAGAGGAAGGAGAGGGAGCAGAAGAAGUCCAUGAAGGAAGGGGUUGUCCAGGAAGCUAAAGAGCUGUGUGAAGUGAAGGCUGAGGAGGAAGAGGAGGGGGACGCUGAGGACGACCCAUUGAGGCGAACCGGCAUUUGUUUUGGAGGUCUGGUUCAGGACAUAAAGCGCAGGUACCCCAAAUAUCUCAGUGACAUCAGAGACGCCUUGCACAGCCAGUGCCUUGCAGCCGUUCUCUUCAUCUACUUUGCUGCUCUCUCUCCUGCCAUCACCUUCGGGGGACUCCUAGGAGAGAAGACAGAGGGUCUCAUGGGGGUCUCGGAGCUGAUCAUCUCCACCUCAGUUCUGGGGAUCCUGUUCUCCCUGCUUGGAGCUCAGCCGCUCCUUGUCAUUGGUUUCUCGGGGCCCCUUCUGGUAUUUGAAGAAGCUUUUUUCAAGUUCUGCCAGAGCCAAGGCAUCGAGUACCUGACGGGCAGAGUGUGGAUUGGUCUGUGGCUCAUCGUCUUCAUCUUCAUCAUUGUGGCAGCUGAAGGCAGCUUCCUGGUGCGAUACAUCUCGCCCUUCACACAGGAGAUCUUUGCCUUCCUCAUCUCCCUCAUCUUCAUCUACGAAACCUUCUAUAAACUCUACAAGGUCUUUGCAGAGCAUCCUUUGCUGAAGUUUUACCCGCCGAGUUUGCAGACUGGUUUGAAUGCCAGCGUGUUCUCUCCUGAUGCCAUGUCUCUGGGAACCAGGAUGCAGCCCAAUACUGCCCUCCUCUCACUCAUCCUCAUGCUGGGCACCUUCUUCAUCGCUUUCUUUAUGCGCAAGUUCAAGAACAGCCGUUUCUUAGGAGGCAAGGUAAGCGGCUGAGCUGUGACCCAGCGGCCCCAUCCU